AUGUUGCCAUUUUUUGGUUCCUCUUCUUCAUUAUAUCCAAGUCGUUCUUUCUUUCUUGACUGUCUUUGCGAAAAUUACCGUUAUCACAGCCUGAGCGUUAACCUCCGGAAAAUCGCUGACCGACAGUUUUUGCAUUUGUUUUUUGUUGAAAAAUAUAAUUAUCUAUCUAUCUAUCUAUCUAUCUAUCUAUCUAUCUAUCUAUCUAUCAAUCGGCUGAUCUAUCUACCUAGAAUUAAUACAAGUGUGUUAUCAAAUCAUCUAUCCAUUAAUUUUUGCGUCUACUGUUCAUUCGCCUUUCGCCUUUGUCUUUUCAGUCUCUCUCUCUCUCUCUCUCUCUCCCUCUCUCUCUCUCUCUCUCUUAUCUCUUACAAUCAUAGUUAUCUUUUCAUUGAAGAAUUAUAUCUAUCUAUCUAUCUAUCUAUCUAUCUAUCUAUCUAUCUAUCUCUGACUCUUUCAUAUCUAUCAAUCUAUCUGUUCAAAUCUAUCUAUCUUUUCAAAUUUAUCUAUCUAUCUAUUUACUGA